AUGUUUUGUUUGCGCGACGUUAUUUCACAACUGCCUUGCGAUGGUGCUACUAGGUGGAUAAAGGUUGAGAAUGUUAUUUCGCCCAUGUCAAGCGCGGAUGUGGUGAAGCUGUUUCCUGAGGCCAUAAGUUGGAAGUUUACUUCGCACGUACAAAGAUCAGAUUUUGUGGUGUGUUUUCCAAAUGAAUCAAUGGCAAGGCUGGCGAUUCGAAGAGUGGAGGGUCUUUCUUUUUUGGGUGAGAAAAUGAGGUUUUACUUUUUGCGUGGGGGUGAUGAAUCAGAAAGGUCCUUACCCGUUAGAUUGACAAGCUCUUAUCCCAGACUUUACUUUUUGCCUCCGGAGGUUUCCUACGAAAACCGUCGUAAUGACGCUGAGCGCAUUGUGACUUCUGUUGGCGUAACGAAUCUAUCCUCUAAAAAUUGGGUGGACGCGCGCUAA